AUCGAGUCAAAUCGAUAAAAGAUGAGCCGAUCGCUCACUCUUUCUUCGGGGAUUAGCUUGAGGGAGAGAAAUUUCGAAUCUCUCAAUCGAGACGAUGCAUCAAACGGAGAAGGCGAGCUUGUGGAAAACGAAUUGGUCGUGUGAGAAAUUUUAAUCGCAGAAGAGAAAGAUUCGAUUUGAGAGAGAAAGAGUCAGAGAGAAGAAGAUGAUGACCCGAUUUGAAUUUCAGAGUCAUGCUGCCGUGCCGUCCGUGUUUUCUCAAACCGGUUUCCGGUUUGACCAUAACAUUCGGUUUCUGCGCUCGGUUUCCUGAAGAGUGAUGAGUAUAACUGUGACCAUUGGGCCAACAACAAGGCCCACUAAGAUAACUUUUCCUGUUCGAUUAACAUGAACCGGAUUUGUUUCGGUUUAAGGUAGAGAGAUUUGGUUUGGUUUAACAACAUUGAGAGAAUAGACCGAACAGAACAGAACAUAACAAGGCAAAGGCAAAAGUCGCCGUUGGGACCAAACAUAAACUGCCCGUACGGUUGCUGACGUCACCGCCUGUCAUCAAUGUCAGGCACACAAUUAUCCCAUUCUCCAACUUUUCUUCUUUUUCGUUUCGUUUGUUUCUUCUCCUCCGUUGCGCACUGUUAGAAGCAAAGAAUGGAGACGACGACGCCUCCUCCUCCUCCGGCAAAGCCUUGGCAACCUCAUUCCACUGUCUCCCAUCGUCAGCCUUCGGGACGAGAAGACUGGUGGACCGAAGACGCGACUGCAACACUGCUUCAAGCGUGGGGGCAUCGUUACGUCAGACUCAAUUUCGGGAAUCUCCGGCAGAACGACUGGAAACAAGUCGCCGACGCUGUGAACUCGAGCCACGGUAACGGCCGUCCGAAGACGGACACUCAGUGUAAGAGCCGGAUCGAUACUUUGAAGAAGAAGUACAAAGCUGAGAAAGCCAAGCUCUCUCCGUCGGCUUGGCGUUUCUUUGACCGCCUCGACGUCUUGAUCGGUCCCGUCUCGAAGAAACCUGCGGAGGAAGUUGUCAAGUUAGAGACUUCAGAGCCUUAUCUGAGUUUAACUGGUAACAAGCAUAGGGAAAGCUCUCUUGAAGAUGAUGAUGAGGACGAGGCUGGGGACUGGGGCUUCGUCUCUAGGAAGUAUCCUCGUCUGGAAGAGGGAGAUCUGAGUGAAGAGUCGGCGUGUAAGGAACUAGCUAGAACAAUUGUGAAGCUGGGGGAAGUUUACGAGAGAGUGGAAUGUAGGAAGCAGAAGAUGAUGAUUGAACUGGAGAAGCAAAGAAUGGAAGUUGUUAAGGAGCUAGAGUUAAAAAGAAUUAAUAUGUUGAUGGAGAUGCAAUUAGAGCUUGAGAAAUCAAAGAACCGGAAACGUGAGAGGGUGGUUCAGGCGAGUAGUGUGGUGAAGCAAUGAAGAUGUACUUAACUCUGCUUAGGCUAUUUGCAGAUUGGAGGAGGGGCCUGUUAGUAUUGCUAAUCUGUAGGAUAGAAGUUAAACAACUCGUUAGGAAGCCUUUUUGUCUAAUCUUCUAGCAUCAUCGUAGGGUACAUUAUUGUAAUUGAGCAGACCACUCUUUAAGUAUCCUACAGAAACCAGGUAUUUUUGUGAAGUUGUCAUUGUAUGUAUGAAUUUAUGAUCAA